UCGCAGCGCAUACACAAUGGCUGCUCGAAAGAGGAGAAAGCAAACAAUUUUCAGGCCCGCCGCGUCUCGCAAAAAAUAUGAGAAAAAAAUUAUUAAAAAUUCGGAAAAUAGUUGAAAGUGAAGAAAAACUCAACAGAAAGGAUGAUAAAGCGUCCGGGACCCCUGUGUCCAGGCAGUGCUGAACACAUAAAACUGGACAGAAUAAUCACAUCAGUACUAGUCCAGCACCGUGCAUCGGUCCAUGUAGCUGGUCAGCCUUAGGGUGCCAUGGCCACGGGAACCCCGGGCCACCGUGACCAAGUCCUGGACAAAGCCAAGCUUGCAGUACCUCUGGGGAGGCGCAAGAGAGCAGAAGGCAAGCUGAAGAAGAAUUUCCCUUGUCAGGAGUGUCAGAAGGCUUUCAACAGUCUGGAGAAGUUGAAGGUGCACUCAUACUCUCACACAGGAGAAAGACCCUACCGCUGCUCCCACCCUGAAUGCACCAAGGCUUUCGUCUCCAAAUACAAGCUGCUACGGCAUAUGGCAACUCACUCGCCAGAAAAAAACCACAAGUGUUCAUACUGUGAGAAAAUGUUCCACCGUAAGGAUCACUUAAAGAAUCACCUACAUACUCACGAUCCACACAAGGAGGCAUUCACUUGUCAAGAGUGUGGCAAGAGCUACAACACGAAGCUGGGUUUCAAACGCCACCUUGCCCUCCAUGCUGCCAACAGUGGAGACCUCACCUGCCAAGUGUGCCUGCAGCCAUUCCCCAGCACUGGGGUUCUUCUGGAACACCUCAAAACACAUGCUGGCAAGUCCUCCGGUGGGACCAAGGAGAAAAAACAUCGUUGCGAGCAUUGCGAGCGGCGGUUUUACACCCGUAAAGACGUGCGACGGCACAUGGUAGUGCACACCGGACGCAAAGACUUCCUCUGUCAGUACUGCGCCCAGCGUUUUGGAAGGAAGGACCAUCUGACGCGUCACAUGAAAAAGAGCCACGCUCGGGAACUGCUGAGGGUUAAAACUGAGCCAGGCGAUUCGCUGGAGCCCAUCGUCUACGACUUGGCGUCUGGGAGCGUAAAGGGGGAGCUCCCGGGAAUGCUGACUCCAAGACUGCACCAGCUGAACGUGUACACAGGCCCCGUCCUCGACACCGAGCCCUUCUCCAGUCCCACACAUCCCUUUUCUUUAAAGUACCCACUGGGCUCCAACUUUACCUCAUACGCCGUGUCCUCACAGGAGCGGGAGCAGAAUCUUAAGGGAGACCUGGAGACCUACCUGAUGGAGCUGCAGAGCAGUAUGCCAUCCUCUGCCUCUGAAGCCCAAGAAGCCCAACUCUCCUCCUCCAAACUUGAGUUGGUUCCUGAAGUGGGUGUGCUGGAGGAAGCCAAUGAGGAGAUGUCCCUGUCCAAAAUGUCCACAUCAGUAGCAGCACCUGCAGGUGACUCUUUGGCCUUAUCGUCCUCUCUAAUGGAUUUUUCACAGCUUUUCAACUUCCUGCCGCUCAACGGGCCUCCGUACAAUCAGGUAGGGGGCAGUGGGGGGCAGGGUGUCACUUUUCUACCCAAUGAAGAGCCUGCAUCUCUAGUUCAGCUGCCCUCUCAGGCUGCCACGGGCUCAGAGGCUGCUGAGAGUCCACUUCAGGGGCUCUCCUCCUCCUUCAUAUCCAACCUGAGCACUCCAACCACACUGCCCCGCUUCCACCAAGCUUUUCAGUGACCCCAGUACAUCCGGCACAUGCCACUCACAAACACUGACACACAUGUAGAGCUGCAUGCCCAUAUUAAACGCCAUACAAGAUGCAAGUGACUGAAGAAAUUGGCACAUCUGUCCAUUCAUGAUACCAGCAGACACUAACCUGACAGGAGACACAGCACUGACAGCAGCACACUCGCACCACACAGCCAGGCCAGCUUUCUGAUGAUGAGGGUUUGUUUUGGGCCAAAUGUAAGUUAUUCUCUUUUAGAGUCUUGUUUUUUUUGCCUCGGGCAGUUUAAAAAAGAAAUGAAUAAAAUCCUGAUCUGUCCGUGAUUACAGAGACUUCAGAUGCAUGCUGGUUACCACGUGAAGCAGCCGUGCUCAGACUCAAACCAUUCUCUCUGUAGCUCAUUAAUAAGCUUGAUGCAAACAUUAAAGGGCUGCUUUGCAUAACAGCAUGAACAGAGCUGACACUGAGAUGAUUCACAUGGAUAAGUGUUACGACUCAGACACUUGAUUGACUUUGUUAUACAUGCGUACAGUUCUUCAUAUAGCACUUUGGAUUUCUGGUCUUCAAAGAUCGUUAUAUGUGAUAAGAUUUAAAGAGCAUCCGUAGUUUUGAGGGUUUCUGUUUAGGAGCCAAAGUAUAACAGGAGGUUUUUGGGAGCCAUGAUGGGUCGUUUAUUUCUAAUUAAAGUAGAACUGAACUUUUCUUUUUUGACUGUACUCGAGUGAGCAGCCAGGUGCUUUACUGUGUCAUACAUUUGCACUGUCAGUAGUAAGACCAUGUGCUCAGCGCGUGGGAUUGCCCAGUUUCAGCCAUAGGCAGGAUAAAACAUGGACUCCAGGUCUGAAACCUGAAGCCAGUGCAGAAGUGCCUUAAACCUGCAUCUUAAAUGACCAACAGAUGGUGAGAGCUGUGUUUGCAGUAACGUCCUCUGAGCUCUUGAUCUCUGCUCUCUUUCAAAAAACUAGCUUUGUGUUUGGUGAACUUCUGUUUCUAUGAUCUGGCAUCACUGUGUGAUGUUUGUCCUGACAGGUGCCAUAGAAAUAAACUGUAACUGUGUUCUGGUCCUAUAGACGUGGAGACCCUGAAUCUCUGUCACGUGACAUCUGUAAAGACUUCCUGCUGGGUUUUAUAUGCUCAGUUACUCAUUUCAGGUUGCAUUGAAUUAAAAUAUGUCUUACUGGAGCACAGUUUGCUCGCAGAGCUCAGACAGGAAGUUGACAGAACAGUACAAACAUGUUGUUGAUGGAUCCAUUAAAGUGCUGGUUCAUUCACACUAUUAUACACAAAGUUACUGAGCAGCAGUAUUACAGUUGUCCACCAAAGUUUCCAUUAACUGUAUCAUUCAGUGUUGCCUGCAGUUCACAGCAGUACCUCCUUCUUCUUUUUAAAGCAAACAUUUCUUUCUCACAGUUUCAGAGUAAAUUAGCCAGUGUGCCUCUGGCUGCUGAAAGCACAUCCAUCAGUUUCUUUGCAUCGUAAGUGUUAUCAGCUGUUCUACUGACACCAAAUUCAUCAUCAGUCAGCUUCACUCAUCACGUCACUGCUACGAAGCUCUGUAGGCGCAUCUAGAAUAACUGGGAAUGAACCCUCAUAGCCUGCUCAGUGUUUGGAAGUCGGGCCUGUGGACUUACCAGAGUUUCUGCAUUGGUUACCUGUAAUCUGUGGUCUGAUCACAGUUUCCACACUGACAGUCCAGUAACACCAGAAAGUGAAUUUUGGAUGAGUUAUCAGAAAAUGACCAACAGUGACACAGUCCCAUCCACGUGUCGCCCACCCUCUCUGUCAGGGUCUGUGCUGCUGAGUUGGGCUCAAAAACAGACUAUUGAGUGGUAGAAAAAUAGUUUCACAAUUGGUCAUAGUGACAGUGGUACCCCAGUGGAGCUUCCUGGAUGCUGCCGCUGUCCCUUCAGUUGCUACUGUAGUUCCUGUUGUCUUUUGCACAGACUAACCUGACUCUAGGCUGUGAAGUUUAAGUGACCCAUGUUUCCUCGGUAUCUGGUAUCUAAGACCUGAGGAGGCAAAACGGCCCUAAACUGUGAUAAUGUGUCAUAAAGUAUCUUCAGCUGCUUGCUUCUUUCAGGGGCUGCCACAGCAGAUGGACCCACAUGUUUCAUUUGGCACUAAUGUCACACUGCACCCACAUUUAUCUGGGACGGCCACUGUGCAAGGUUGGACCACUGGGUUUCUCCCAGUCUCAAACCAGUUUCAUGUGUAGGUGAACAUGUUAAGCCCUACAACAUGACUGAUUGAUGAUCAUGACAUACAGAGAGAUCAGACCACAUGUUGGGUAUUCAACACAGAAAUGCUGGGAGUUUCAAAUGUUACCAUUGAUGAACCAUCAAACUGCAGGCAUCACUUCUGUUUUUCCCUUUGACUGACGUUCAUAUCUUACGAAUAAUAAGGUCCAAUUCAGUCAUUUAAAAUGUUAACCAAGCAAACAGGCUUUGUGAUCUCUGAACAAAGAGCUAAACACACUGCUGAUACAACUGUGACAUGAAGGCUUUUUGGUUUUUACUGGUUACUUUGUCACAUCCUGGCUGUCGUUCCAUUUUUUAAAAGGCUGUUGAGCAUUUUCUUAAGUUGUGAAGUGUGACUUGAAGGGAACGUUUCAGUGUUGUGCAAACCCAGCAUCAACUACAGCUGACAAAUAGAUCAGUUUGAUGGUCAGACACUAGUCGUACAUUAGUCUCUGCUGACUACAUCUAUGAAGAUCUGAGCACUAAAACAACAUCCCGGGAGACGUAGCUGUGUGACAGUGUGUGAAAAUAACUGAAAUACUGUUUAUAAGGAAACAUCUUACUGCAGUGCUUAAUUGGUCUUUACAGAUGAAACCACUUCUUUGACAUUUAGUCCUAAAACCUGCCUCUGAGGUGAAAAGCUGUGUGCAGCAUGUUAGACUGAAACAGUUCUGCUCCUGUAUGAUCGUUCAAAUGAAAGGAUUCACAGCUCUGGUCCUUGACGUCACAGAUCGUCACAGUUCAUCCACACAGUGCUUUUCAUUUAUGUAGAAACCUCAAAUCCUGGACAAAGAAACUCAAAUUGGUAGAUGUUAAUACAUGGAGUGUUUUUGGAUCUUUAAUUAUAACGAUUUUGAAUUGUUUUUUAUUGAAAUGUGGUUUCUUUAAAUUCUUUGAUCAAAAGGAUGACUUCUCACAGAGCGGGCUGAUGUGGCUGAUGCUCGGUCAGAAGCAGCAGGCAGUGAGUGGGAGCUCCACUCUGCCUCAGCUCCAGGUGCCUAAAUCGGCUGGUUCUCGUGACAUGGUUCAGGAUAGCAUCAGAUCUCAGCUGAACAACAAGUGUUCCAGUCAUAAAAAUCAGACACCGCUGAUGCAUCGUCGUCCAUGUUAGCUGUUGGUUCUCUUGACCUUUGGAGUGAAAGAUGCUUAACCUCCUGGGACCUGCAUCCACAUAUGUGGGCAUCACAUUUUGGGUUAUUUAGACCAAAAUACU